AUGAACGCACCUACAGCAGCACGCCAGCUCCUCCGCAGCGGCGUCCCCCGCUUAGCGCCGCGUGUGUGCGCCAGCCGACAGCAGACCCGACAGCUCAGCAAAAAGGACGACCUCGGCGGUCCCGGCGGCCAAGAACCGCCUGGCCAGAAGCCUGAAGGGCCCGAGGCCCUCAAGCGCAGAGCUCCGCUCUAUGCGGGCAUCGGCCUCAUCGCCGUCGCCGCCUACGCCUACCUGACGCAGCCCAAGGAGACGGAGCAGUUUGUCGGCAAGGCGAUCCAUGCAGGGCAAAAGGCCAAGGAGGCUGGCAAGGCCGAGUUGCAGAAUACAAAGGAGGAGAUUGUGGGAGGUGUGCAGAAGCUGGGCGGCAGAAACCCCGACGGCCAAAAGGGAUUCCGAUCAGAGUAG